CAGCAGCAAAAUUCGUCGUCUUGUCUCAAGAUCGCUCCCAUGUGACGGCUUAUGUUAACGCACUUCCCGGCAGAGUCGUCUACAUGCAGUUUACCGACCCGGGAUGAUCAUCGUCACCUCGUCUGAGAUCAAACCCUCAAACACUUUGCGUCAACGCCAUGGAAACAUCUGAGUACUUCGAACGCACUUUGUUCUACGAUAAAAGUCCUGAUGCAAACGAUUAUUACGAGAGUUCUGCAGGACUAGUCUUCGUGGGAAAUUCUACGGAGACACCUGUUGAAGUUCGAGUGCAAUCAUGCAGCAAGUUCCUCCAGAUUGAGAAGACAACUCGCGACACAAACUCUGAAAACCGAGUGGUUAUCAGCAAGGAAGAAUACCCUGACAGUACAGAAUCCGUAGACAGGCUGGAAUACCACUCAGACCAUCGACCUAGACAGGCAGAUACCGUGCACGAUGGUUGUUAUCCAUUCGCAUACAAAGAUACAAAGCUUUCGCCGGAUUCUGCGAAGGACAUCACAAAGGAUCCAUUUGAGCGGCUCCUUGAUUCUUGUCAUGUCUUCCUGCGGUUCACCGACUACGUUACUGGACUUUGUGCUAAGACCAGUGAUUCUGAAGUGGGACCACCACCUCUGAAGUUCAGGCCUUUGCGCUCAAUAAACGACAGCAUGUAUCGUGGAUUUGGCCAGUUCGCAGUCUAUCAUCGUUACAAGCCUGCUCAGAACAGUCCAUGUUCGAUGUGGAUCUUGGCUGGGGUGUCGCAAUGUACAGAGCCAUGCCUCGAUGGAUACACACGAAGUGUCUGUGAUUUGGCCGGAGCCAACCCCUUUGAGAUACACAUGAUCUUCCUCGACACAUGUAUCACCAACUGGAGACCAUACUUGGCUCAUUUGACUCGACUGGUGAAAGAACAGUCUGGCAGAAGUUCUGGAUUCAUUUUGAGCGGCAAUCAGAGCAAGAACCUCGUUACGAUUACAGUCGAAGAUCAUCAGCAGUUGAAGGAGAUUGAAGAUGACGUAGCCGAUCUUGUCCUAUGUCUGGAUUCUACAUUGGAUACCCUGACGUCCUUCAUGCGUAUGUAUGAAGACUUUCGGCUUCACCGUCAGGAAUCCCAAACCAUCAACGAAGUUCAAAAGGCUUGUGUGUCCAAAUGCAAUGCCAUAGUGGUUGCAUUCGAGGAGAAAGCGCAAGAGAUAUCGUACAACCGCAAAAAGGCGGACAACUUACAGUCCAAGAUUCAAAACACCAGGAAGCUUGUAUCCUCACUGCUCGAAAGACAGAGCGCUCACAAUAUCAACCAGCAGAUAGGCGCGCUCGAAAGCCUCGAAAAACAAGGUCAGCAGGAGAACAGAAGCAUGAGACAAUUCACCGAAAAGAGCAGUCGAGACUCCUCCAGCAUGCGCAUCCUUACUAUCAUAACCAUGGUCUACUUGCCUUGCACCAUUGUCUCCAACUUCUUUUCGACACAAUUCGUGAACCAGAUCGAAUCAGACACAGGGGCUUUCACACUUCAGUACGCCCAAAAUACUUGGCUCUUUUUCGCGAUAUCAGUGCCCUUGACACUCUUUACCAUUUUCGUGUGGUUUUUAUGGAAACACCUAUGCUCACAAGGGAUCUGUCAGCCUGCAUACAACAGUCAUUGGGCUCAUGGGCUGGAAUGUCGUUCACAAGGCUGA